AUGGCAUCAGACUGUUCUACUUGCUUUGCUUUGGACCCACAGUGGAAAUGUUCGUGGUGUGAAAGCAACUGUAAAUUUCUAACUGAAUGCCCAUCACCACAGAUUGUACAGUCACCUGAUUUCUUAUGCAGUCGUCCUAUUAUUGAAUCGUUUAAACCACAAGUUGGGCCUAAAGAAGGUGGAACUGUAAUUGAAAUUCGUGGGAAAGAAUUAGGGUCUUCAUUAAGCGAUGUGAAAGAUCGAGUAUUUGUUGGUAGUCAUAGGUGUGCUGUAAUUAAUUAUGAAAUUUCAACCAAGAUUGACUGUAAAGUUGAAUCUGGACAAGGUUCUGGGGCGAUUCGAUUGCGCCUUGGUCAGUCGGGUCGUCGAUUUGUUGAUUCCCAAUCUCUUUAUCAAUUUGUUGAUCCACAACCAAAGUCCAUCCAUCCCCUAUUUGGUCCUAUGUCUGGCGGCACCAAACUAACUAUUUAUGGGUCUAACCUACACAUUGGAUCUAAUGUGUCGGUAUUCAUUGGUGCAUAUAGAUGUGAGAUUUCCCCUGAGAAUAAUUAUGAUUCUGCAAUAAUGUGCCGUACUAGCCGAUCGAAUGAACCAAGAUUUGCUGGACCUAUUCGAAUAGAGAUUGACAAAAGUAUACGAAUUCUUGAAAGAAGCUUUGAAUAUCGGCAUGAUCCGGGUAAUUAUUUGGAUUCCGUUUUAAAUCCGAAAAUCUUUUUUUUAUCAACAUCCGAUACCGAAGAAAUAUUAUCAGAAAUGGGCAGAUGUCAUGUUCAAAAUGCGACUCUCAUGUUUUGCGUAACACCUAGAAUCAUUUUGCCACCUAAUAUAUCACCAUUAACUUAUAGUCGAUGGCCAGUCGGUUUUCUUAUGGAUGGUGUGAAAUCAGUGCGUAAUCUACGAGAAAGAAUCCAGGUUACAAUAGUACCUGAUCCGCAAUUUGAGCCACUGAAAGGAAUAAAAUUGCAUGUGCCUGGACAACUUUUCACUGUUAAUGGAAAUCAUUUGUCACAUGCCGCAACUGCUGAUGAAUAUUUUAUUUAUAUUGGCACGUCUCGUUGUACUGUGGUUCUAAUUGAUAAUCAGCAAAUAAUGUGUCGAGCUCCAGAACAUGAACCGUUAGCCACAGAUGCAAAAGGAAGUGAAAUUGAAGGUGGACAUCCCAUGCUAACUAUUAUUAUUGGAUCACUGAAGUUCGAACUCGGCUUGGUUGAGUACGAAACCAUUGGUGUACGGAUGCCAUUAAGGUUGCUAUUAACAAUAAUAUUUGUUUUAAUAGCGACAUGCUUUUUAACUGGUGUUAUAUUAUGCUUUAUCUAUUCAAAAAAAAGAAAUGAACGAGAAAAAGAAUAUAAAAAAAUUCAACUCAAAAUGGAACAUUUGGAAUUUAACGUUCGAAAUGAAUGUAAGCAGGCAUUUGCUGAACUGCAAACUGACGUCUCAGAUGCAAUGACAAUCGACGGUGAUUGGAUUCCAUUUCAAGAGCAAACCGUAUUCAUUUCUCAUUUACUGCACCACAACAUAACACUUUCUCGAAGCGUUCUUAUUUCAGCUCAUCAUACUCCUUCUGAUAUGUUCGAAGCGAUGCGAGGUUUUGAUUCAUUAUUAUCAAAUAAAAGAUUUUUAUUUUUAUUGAUACAAUCUAUUGAAAAUAAUCCAAUAUGCUCAUUAAAUGAACGUUCAUAUUUUUCAUCGCUUAUUAUCACAUCCUUAAUGAAUGAUAUAUCAUAUUGCACAGAAGUUGUAUUUUUGCUGUUAAAUCAUCACAUGAAUAAAUGCAUACGGAAUCGCAAUGCACAACUAAUAUUUCGACAAAGUAGUUCGGUAGUGGAAAAAAUUUUCGCUUAUUGGUUUUCAAUUUGCUUAUUCGAUAGUAUGAAAUCGGAUUUAGGCCAAAAUCUUUAUCUUCUUUAUAAGGCCUUAAAAUAUCAAAUAGAAAAGGGUCCGAUUGAUGCAAUCAAUGGAAAUGCUCGAUAUUCACUUAAUGAACAGAAAUUACUGCGAGAGCCUAUUGAUGCUGCUACAUUGCAUUUGCUUGUAAUUCCACUGGAUGGUUUUAAUAAAUCGCCGAUAUUAAUUCGAGUUCUCACUUGUGACACGAUUAGUCAAGUCAAAAUGAAAUUGUUGGAUAUUUUAUUUAAAAAUGAGCCGUUUUCUUCGAGAAUGACCAUUGAACAAUUCGAUCUUGAAUGGAAUUGUCAGGAUGGUCCAAUUAUAUUGCACGACAAGGAUCGAUCUAAAACUAAUGAUCCGAUUCGACUGAAUCGAGUGUCUGAUUACAAUAUCCCUAAUAAUUCUUUAUUAUCAAUGCAGCCUAAUUCAUCUAAUUUCCAAGAAUAUAAUUGUAAAAAUUUUGCUUUUGAAUAA